UCUCAUGUCCUUGCGAUCUGGGUUUAGGUCAACCUUGGUAGUUUCUUCUGCAAAAAUGGCUAAAGAGGUUAUGAAAACUCAUGACCUCGACUUCUGCAGUAGGCCUACUUUACGUGUGGCACAAAAAGUUUCUUAUAAUGGUUUAGAUUUGGCUUUUUCACCGUAUAAUGCUUAUUGGAGAGAGAUGAGGAAAAUAUGCACUGUUCAUCUCUUUAACGCUAAUAGAGCGCAACUCUAUCGCCCCAUCCGAGAGGAUGAAGUUGCUCGCUUGAUUUCAAAAAUAUCCAAAUUAUCUGUAUAUCCUAAGCUUGUCAAUUUGAGUGAGGCAAUGAUGUGUCUUAGUAGUACAAUAAUUUGCAGAGUAGCAUUCGGCAAGAGGUAUGAAGAAGAAGGAACUGAAAGAAGCAGAUUUCAUGGACUACUUAAUGAAUGCCAAGCCUUGUUCGCCAGCUUCUUUAUUUCUGACUAUUUUCCUUUUAUGGGUUGGAUUGAUAGAUUCUCUGGAUUGGUCAGUCGUCUUGAAAAAAAUUUUAAAGAAUUUGAUAUCUUCUAUCAAGAACUUAUUGAUGAACAUCUUGAUCCAAAUAGAUCAAAACUCAAGCAAGAAGACAUAAUCGAUAUCUUACUACGAAUUUAGAAAGAUCAUGAUUUUGCCAUUGAUCUCACUGUGGAACACAUAAAAGCUAUAUUAAAGGUGAUUUUCACUUA